GUGUUUUACCCCACCCCGUAUUUGUUUACAACUUUGGGCAUGGCCCGUCAAAUCUGACAAGGAUGGAAUGAGGCGUGGGCCAUAACUAGUUGACUUGAUGUAUGUCUGAUUAUCCUGUAGUCAUGUCGGGGAAGGGAAAGGUUGCACAGAAAUUUCUGAAGUGUUAGAAUCAAAACCCACCAAAAGCCAAAUCCAAAAGGAUUCAAGUCUUGGCAAUGGAGGAGGACAUGGACAAAGGGAGUGUUAAUAGCCAAGAUCAUCUCAUAGAGAAGCAGGGAAACAGUACUGGAAAUAAGGAAGCAAGUGACCAAGAACCAGUUAACAACAAGCCAGAUGUAGACAUGUCAAGUAAAGAAACCUCAGAGAACAAAACAGAGAGAAGCAGUCCUGAUAAACCAAAACAGGAACCCUCAAAAGACGAAAUCGUCCCAGCAAAUUCAGAAGAUUCACAAACAGACUCAAAUCAGAAUGACACAGAACAACAGGGUAAAAGUCAAAAUGGAAGACUGGCUGGUAUGAAAACAAAAGUAUUGGCAGCCUUCACCUCAAAUAAAUCAAAGGACAGGCUAGAGGAAGGAAGUGAUGUCACAGGAAAGGAAUCGGAAGUGAGGUUCAAAUUAGACAAUAAGAAGCUCUCUCUACAAGAGAAAGACUUCCAGAAGAGGGUCCAUGACGUGGAGGAGGGGAUCUUCUCGGUGACCAAAGAGGACCUGGAGAGGACGAAGAAGAGGAGCGAAGAUAAGGAUGAGGUGGACUCAGCCUCCGUUUGGUCCUACUUCAUGCCUAAGAAGAAUUUCCAGUACCACUUUCAGCAUCCUUACUUCAGGCUCUUCAUAGCCUACUUUGUGACUUUCUGUAAUUUUCUGAUUUAUGCUGAGGAUCCAGUGGCCCAUUCUAUGAAGGAAUGCACCAUUCCAUUGGUGGGGAACGACUUUGCUUUUGUGGGUACUAGGUACGCUCCCAAUGCUUGGAGUCUUCUCAAGGUUUUCCUGUGGCUGUCUGCGAUUUUGAUUGGAAUUGUGAUCGGGAAAUUGGUAGUGCAUGGAUUAUUUUUCAACCGCCUCUGUCGCCUGAGGAUGUUUGAGGACGACAUGGGCUCCUUCAUGGUCAUGUUCCUGACGACACUGAUCAGCGUCUUCAUCUUCUCCUGGAUCUACAACGCCUUCCUGAUGAUCGGAGGUAGCGACACGGAGGAUUACAGAAUCUCCGACCUUAUGGGGGUCUCUAACUCCAUCUUCAUGAAGAUGGCUGCCACUGGCACCUGGUGUGGUGACUUCUUUACCGCCUGGAUGGUGACAGACAUGAUGCUCCAGGAAAAAUUGUACCCCAAAUGGGCCGUAGGUGCACGCCGGUGGUGGAAUACAGGUUACCGCCGCAUCAUCCUGUUCUGGACCAUCACCACGCUGGCCUCCUUUAUCGUGGUGCUGGUGAUCGCCACAGACUACAUACAGUGGGACAAACUGAACCGCGACUUUCUCCACAGUAAUGAGGUGUCCAGGGCCAUGCUUGCUUCUUUCAUUCUUGUGAUGGAUAUUUUCAUUGUUCUACAGGACUGGGAUUUCCCCCAUUUUGUGAGUGCAAUAGAUAUAAAACUUCCUGGUAUUAAUACUGCUCACAUCAAAUUCGACAUUCCUAAAUGUCUGAAAAGGGAGGUGUGGCAGGUCCAUAUCACAGGAAAGUGGUUUAACUAUGGAAUCCUAUUUCUAGUCAUGAUCUUGGAUCUGAACAUGUGGAAGAACCAGAUCUUUUAUUAUCCGUUUGACUAUGGUCAGUACGUGGAUUCUGAUGGUAAGAUCCACAGUGUGACAGACGAGUACAGCUUAAAGACCUUCAAUGAGACCCAGCUGUCCUACAGUUAUAGAUCCGUAACCAUUAACCCCAACACCAACGCCACCUACCUAGCUGGGGACACGGUGAUGAAUGCUCGCUAUAAUGGGUAUCAUAUCGCAAUCAAACUCAUUGCUUUUAUUCCUGCAGUUGCGGCAUUUGUGACCUUCGGGGUCCUGUUGUGGAAGUUUGGUAGACGCGUGCCUCAUGACAAAGAUGUGUACGCGGGGAGAUUAAAGAAACGUCGCCAUGGUGGCGGUAAAGUUAAAUUUAGAAAGUUCCGAGGACUUGCUGCCAUGAUGAGAGCAUUCAAACUCAAACCAAAAGUGGACGAUAAUCGGCCAAGCUUGGUCUCCUACGAGCUGAAAAGUGAAAGUAAUGCUGAAAAUAAUGCUGAAAGUAAUACUGAAAAUAAUGCUGAAAGUAAUGCUGAAAAUAAUGCUGAAAAUUCCCAAGAUACAGUUUCUUGAUUAGGGAAUUUUUUCAAAUUAAUUUUUCCUUAGAGUUAUUUCUCUUUUAACAGUAAUGUUUGUGUAAACAUUCCUGAAAUGUUCAAACACUGUAUCCUGUUAGGUUUUGCGAAUUUGAUGUUGAACAGUCUAUUGUGGAAUCAUUUUAAUUCAUUGGGAUCAAUGUUUUUGGGCAACCAAAUUUUGACUGUUUCAUGAAAGUUUGUGAGUAAUUCAGAUAUUCAGAUUAGUCAAUGAACCCAUACAAUGACAAAGUUAUGUUCAUUAAGAAUUGAAUCCACGAGCAAGGAUGACCCAUGAAAUCCAUGAACAUUGGUCCCCCAUGAACAAUGAUGAUUCCAAAGUUUUUUGCAAGAUUAUUUUUGUAUUAUUUGUUCAAAUCCAGCUAAUACUUGACCUCCCAAAUACAUUUACCAAGACAAGUAUAGUACUUUUUUUUAGUCUUUUCUUUUUAGUACAUUUCAAGUGCCGUUUUUAUUGUGCAUAUCAGUUGUUACUUUUUAUCAUGUUAUUGGCAUUGAGCUUUAUUUCUUUUCAUUCUGUUUAUAUUUUCCAAGUUAAGACUCAUUUAAGUGUUUUCUAUCUCAUCCUCCUCAAAUUCUCAUAUUUUACUCAUCUUGAUCUUUCAAUACGCAUAUCUAUGUAUAGAAAUUUUUGACAAUCUUUUCAGAAUAGAAUGAUUAUACCUCUCUGAAUUAAGCUUUGUAAAAGAGUCUUUAAAAAUUUGACAAUAACAACAAAUAGCUAAGUUAGUUAGAAAUAAAAAAUUCAGUAACCUCUGUAUCUGAAAAAAAAUGUAAAAAGCUUAUACACAUGUUGUGACCCUCAAACUCAUGGGGUGUAGGGAAAAGAGAUUUAAUUUUUUUUUUGCAUAUCAAUGUUUCAAUUUCUUUAUUACAAGUUAUUUUUAACCAUCUCUAUAUACAUUUUCUUUUCAAAUGCGUACAAGUUACAUACAUGUAUAUAUCACUUGGAGUCAAAACUAUACAACAGAUGGAACAAACUUAACAUAGAAAAUGUAAAAACAAAUCUUCAUGAACAAUACAGUUCUAUAUCAUAAACUUGAUAUUACAUGUAAUCAUCAAGAAACCACAGUGUUCAAAUGUUAAAGUCAUGUAUCACAAGAUUAAAGCUAACAUUUAAGCUUGCAUUCAUCAUACUAUAAAUAUCACAAUGAAUGCUGACUUCUGUCAAUUUUAUUUUUAUAUGUACAUUAUUUUGAAGAACCCAUAACCAAAAUACGCAAUCAAUUUCUACCGUUCAUUUUUAUCAUUUUUGUAUUUUAUUACUUUUGUUGUAUACAUUUUACAUUUUACACUACUAGUCCUGAUGUAGUUCUCUAUUGGAGUAAUUUAUGAAUAGGAUUAACAGUAAAAAGUGAAUUUGAUUUAUUAAAAAUUGUUUUGUUUUUAAAUCAACUCUGAAUGUGUGUGUCAAACAUUAUAAUUUCUCUACUGUUUUGAGCUGUCUGAAUUUGAGUUAAAAACUUUCCAAAAAUUACCGUAUUUUCUUCAAAAAUCAAAAUAAUUUAAAAAGGAGGAAUAUGUUGUAUUUAUGAAGGAAAAGAAUUUAAAUUGAUCUGUAAAAAGAUUAUUUAAAACUAAAAAGCAUGCAAUGAAGAUUUUUUAUGUACAUGACCAUGAUAUUAUAUAUUUACAUGUAUGUAUAUUUGUACAUUAUUUUUGUAAGGUUGUUAUUUAAAAGAAAAUAAUUUGUUACUUUAUGAUUAUUAUUCUGUAAUAUGAACUAUUCUUGUAUAAUGAUAUUAUCCCCCCCCCCUCCCCCAGUAAAGUGUUAGGAUAUUUAUCUGUUUGACUGCGGAUCACAAAGUUCCGCAGCAGUCAUAUACUAGUACAUUCCUCUGUCUGGGACAUUACCAUUUAUGAAGAAGCAAUUAAAUUAAAUUAGUCUGUGGGAAAUCAUAGACAAUAUAAACAAACUUUUGCCUGCCAUUCUUUUAAAACAGGAAUAGUUUUCCCACAACCAUAUACAGAUAACUCUUCAAAUAUCAGUGCCAUUUAUCCAAUCUUGUUGAAUGCCUUCAUGUCAUAUUGUUGAAAGUUGUUGUAUUGUUAUAACAGUGAAUUUAUUUGUUAUUGUUUUCUGAAUGUGUUAUUGUUCAGACCAUUUGACAACUAAAUCAGUUCCUGUAGAAUCUGAUUUGGUUUAUUUAACAAUUUAUAUAUUUACACUUGAUGUAUGUACCAUCUAGGUUCAUGUAUUGCCAAGGUUAAAAAUGUGUAUUUUUAACUGAGCUCAAAAUGUAGGUAAAGGAAGAGCUAUUUCUUAACCCUCAAAGACUUUUACAUAAUCAUUGAAAAUAUUUUUAUAAAUGCAUUUUUUUUA